AUGAAGAACAACCACCACAACCACCACCCACCACCACCACCACCAUCACCACCACCAUCAUCAUCAUCAUCACCACCACAACAACAACCACAGCAACAAAAUACAACAACAACAACACCUCCACCAACAUAUAUUGGAGUUUUAAUUAAUUAUAUUCCUAAUUCUAUUAUUACAAAAUAUAAUCAUUUAUUAUUUAGAUUAAUUAAUAAAGAUCAUGCUUAUUUAUUUAAUGUAACACCAGAAGAUGGUAAAAUUUAUGUUAUUGAAAGAAUUGAUCGUGAAAAAUUAUGUCCAUAUAAUGAAUUAAAUAAUGAUCAUAAUGAUUUUAUUCAAAUAUCAUCCAAUGUACAAAUGAAACAAAAAUCAAUAUUCAAUAUAUCUUAUUUACAUGAUUGUCGUUUAACAUUUAGUGUAAGUUUAAUGAUAAUCAAUAAUAAUAGAAUCGAUAUUAUUGAAGUAAUUCGUGUUUAUAUUACUAUACAUGAUAUUGAUGAUAAUCAUUGUCAAUUUAUACCGAAUUCUAAACAAAUUAUUUCUAUACCUGAAAAUAUAAAACCAUAUACUCAUUUGAAUAUACCAUUAUAUCAACCAAUAGAUAUAGAUGCUCAUCCCGAUCAUACUAUUAGUUUAGAUCAUAUAUUUUUAUAUGAAAAAAAUGUAACUACUCAAAUCAAUUCAUCAAUAGUAUUUCAAUCAAAUAAAUUGAAUUUACCAUUUGAAUUAAUGAUUUAUCCAACUAAUUCAUUAAUUAAACCAUAUUUAUUAUAUCUUUAUAUUAUAAAAUCAUUAGAUUAUGAAACAAUCAAUGAAUAUCAUUUAUUGAUUGAAGCAAAUAGUAAAUAUGGUAGAUCAGAUCAUAAAUGUUAUCUUGAAUUAACUGUUAUCAUAGAAGAUUGUAAUGAUUAUAAACCAUAUUUUACAAUUAAUUAUACAGAAAUUAAUAUUACUGAAAAUUUUAAUAUAGCAUUACCUAUUUAUACAUUUACAGCAAUUGAUUUAGAUUUAGGUAAUAGAUAUAGUAAAAUUAUAUAUGAAUUAGAUUUAUUAAAAGCAUCAGAUUUAAUUAAAACAACAUUUUAUAUUCAUUCUAAUAAUGGUUCUAUCUAUCUUAAACAUAAACUUAAUUAUAAAUUAUGUUCUAUGUAUAGUAUACCAAUUAUUGCAAGAAAUCCAUAUUAUCAUGAAAUGAAUUAUACAAAACAAUCAAUCCAUCAUCACAAUCAUAAUCAUAAUCAUAACCAUAGUACAUUCAAUGAAGAUCAUUCUAUUUCUUUAAAUCCUAUACAUGUUGAUCAAGAAGAUUAUUAUUCAACGGCAAUAUUAAUUGUAAAUGUAAUUGAUAUCAAUGAUCAUUCACCUAUCAUAACAGUUCAAUCUCUUGAUGGGAAUACAACAUUAAGUAUUAUUGAAAAUUCAAUGAAUUUACCAUUAGAUUUUGCUAUACUUUCAGUUACUGAUGAUGAUAAUGGUUUAAAUGGUAAAAUUACAUGUAAUCUUCAUAAAAACUAUACAAAUCUAUUUAAAUUAACAUCCAUUAUUAAUAGUAAUAAUAAUAAUAAUAAUAAUAAUAAUAUAGAAACAUGGACUAAUGUUACUAAUAGUAACAUAUCCAAUGAUAAUAAUAAUAAUAAUAAUAAUAAUAAUGGUGAAUUAUGGUCAUCAUCAGAAAUGAUUUAUAAAUUAUCAGCUAUUGUAUCAUUUGAUCGUGAACAAAUUGAUUCAAUUGAAUUAAUUAUUGAAUGUUAUGAUUAUGGUAAACCAUCUUUAAUAACCAAUAAAAUAAUAUCGAUUGAAAUUAUUGAUCAAAAUGAUCAUAAACCAAUAUUUAAUACAACAGAAUUACAAUUAAUUAUUAUAGAAGAUAGUGAUCCUAAAAGAAAAGAAAAUCAUUAUGAUAUUAUAAAACUGAUAGCAAUAGAUCAAGAUAUAGGUAUAAAUAGUAUUAUAAAAUAUUAUAUUAUGAAUAAUGAUACUAUUCAUAAUUAUUUUUAUAUUAAUGAAUUAACUGGACUUAUACAAUCAAAAGGUAAUUUAGAUCGUGAAUUAUGUGAUUAUUAUGAAUUUACAGUGAUUGCAUAUGAUUGUGGUCAACCAUCUUUAUCAAAUUCAAUUAAUAUAAAAAUUAUUAUACAUGAUUAUAAUGAUGAACAACCGAUAUUUACAAAACAAAUAUAUGAAUAUUAUAUUCAUGAAAAUAAUCAAUUAAAUCAAUAUAUUGGUAGUAUUAUAUGUUCAGAUAAUGAUUUAGAUAAUAAUGGAUUAAUUGAUUUUGAAAUAGAAUCAAUACCUUAUCAACAAUAUAAUCAUAAUUAUAAUCAUAAUGAUUUAUCAUUAUAUAUACCUUUAUUAUCAAAUGUAACUAAUGAAAAUGUAAUGAAUACAACAAUUAAAUUCUAUUUACCAUUUUAUUUACUUAGUUACUAUGAUAUACAAAAACAUAUUUAUUUAGUGAAAAUCUAUGCAAAUAAUAAAAUUGAUCGGGAAAAAUUAAAAGAAACUAUAAAUAUACAAAAAUCAUUUACAUCUUUAUCUCAAUCAUCAUCUUCAUCAUCAUCAUUAUCAUCAUCAUCAUCAUCAUUAUUAUUAUCGAAAUCUUCUCAAAUAAAAAGUAAAAUUUUUAAUGAAAUUAAUAAACCAGAUAUUGUUUUAUAUAAAUUUUGGAUUGUUGCUAAAGAUCAUGGUGAACCACAACAACAUAGUCGUUCAUUAAUACAUAUUAUUAUUGAAGAUGAAAAUGAUAAUGAACCAUAUUUUAUUAUACCAAAACAAAAUCAUACGAUUAUUGAAUUAUCAUAUUUAGAAAUAAUACGAUAUCCAAUUAUUAAAUUCCAUGCAAUUGAUAACGAUUCAGGUAUAAAUGGUACAGUUCGAUAUGAAAUUACUCAAAUCACCCAAGAAAUAAUUCAGAACCAUACUAUCAAUGAACAUGCAAAACUAAUCAAUAAUUCUUAUGUAAUCAAUCAAUCAUUUAAUAAAAAUUAUAAAAUAUUAAAAAAUUCAUUAUUUUCAUUAAAUUCAUUGAAUGGUUUAUUACGUUUAAAUACACAAUUUAAUAAAUAUGAUUUAAAUCAAUUCAUAAAUAUACAUAUUAAAGCAUAUGAUUUAGGUAGACCUAUAUCAAAAUAUACUUAUAUAAUAAUACAUAUUAAAUUAAUGAAUAUAACACCAUCGAAAAUAAAUAAUGAUUUUAAUGAUCAUAUCGAUGAAAAUUAUGAUCUGGAUCAAAUGGAUCAUUUCAAAGAUGAUCCUGUGAUUGAUACAAAAUGGAAUAAUCAUCAUCAUCAUAAUUAUUAUUAUUAUCGUUAUUCAUUAAAUAAUUAUAUUAUAUUAACUACAAUAGUAAUAUCUAUAUUAUUAUCAAUUAUAUUAAUAUGUUCUAUAGUUUGUAUUAUUAAAUAUAAAAAAUUAAAAAAUAAUUCAAUAAUUCAACAUGUAAAACAUACACAUCAACUGAAUGAAAUCAAACAGGAUUAUACAAGUCAUGAAGAUGGAUUGCAAAAUAUAAAAAUAAGUCCGAUUCGAACAAAAUUCAUGCAUGAUGAUCCUAUUCAUCAUAUAGAUUCUUUAUUACCUAAUUUAAUAAAGGAUAUUCCAAAGAAUUCCAUUACAUCAAUCAUAAACGAUACAAUAUUACCAUAUAAUAAUACAUCACUUUCUCAAUAUGUAAAUAAUAAUAAUAAUUAUGAAAUAACAAAUUCUACAUAUUCUUAUAGUUCAACAACAAUGACGACGACAACAACAACAACAACAACAACAACAGCAGUAGCAGCAGCAGCAUCAGAACAAACUACUAUUCUUCCACAACCAUUCAUUGUACAUUUAGAGCCUAUUCCAUCUACAAAUGAUUUAACUAAUCCUUAUUGUAUACAACCAAUUAGUAUAUUCUAUUCUACAAAUACUAAAGAACAAAUAAAUUUAAAUCAAAUGAAUCCUAUGGAUCAUUCUAUAUAUGAUCCAUUAAUAUCUACAAUUGAUUAUUCAUAUCAUAAUGAUCCAUUAUUGCAUGUAAUAAAUAAUAAUAAUAAUAAUAAUAAUAAUAAUGAUUUACAUGAUGUCUAUAAUCAAACUAUUAGAAAAUUAUCUUAUUUUAAUAAUAAUAAUAAUAAUAAUGAGAAUCAUAAUGAAUAUAAUUUAAAUAAAUAUCAUAAUGAUUAUGAAUGGAAUAAUUUAAAUAAAACAAAAUUAUCAGAAUUUCAACAAUUAUGUAUUUAUUCACAACCAUCAAAACGUAAUAGUCUUACAUCACUUGGUCAAGAUAGUGGAAAUGGUGAUAGUCUUGAAACAACAACUAUGUCAUUUAUUCCUAUAACACAAUCGAUUUGGUUAAAUAGUGCAAUAAAUGAUAUUUAUGAUAAACAACCAGUCAAUUUAUCAUUAGUUCAUGUAUAUACUCCAUUAUCUAGUGUUAAAGAAAUCGAAUGUCAUAACAUAAAUAAUUAUAAUAAUUCUAAUAGCUUAACGAUUACCACCACUAUAGAUAUAACAACAACAACAACAACUACUACUACUACUACUACUAAUACACCAAAUACAAGUAAUACUAGUAUCACUAGUACAACUACUACUACUACUACUACACCUGAGUAUACUGUAAAGUAUAUUCAUUGAUCCCUUCCUACAUAGAACAAAAAAAUGUCUGAGAUAGAUACAUAAAUCGAAUGUAUCAACUAAUUUAUAUCACAAGGCUAAUGGAAUUAUCUACUACUUGAUAUCGUACAAUUCAUAGUUUAUACUAUUUGAUUAUUUUGUAUAUAAUAAAUGUUGUUUACUCUUUCUCUAUUGUCAGUAUAUCCAUUAUAAUACAUUAUGUAAUCUAUAAAUAAUUUGGAAUUGAGCUAUUCAUUAAUGAAACAUUAUGCAUUCAUUAUCAUGAUACAUAAAUUGUAUCUAUUGACAAGUGAAAUAUGCAAUAAAAUUGAAAGUUUCAUAUCAUUUUGAUGACGAUGAUGAUGCUUCGGAUGAUGAUGAUGAUGAUGAUGAAAUGCUCUUCAUUAUGCAACUGUUAGGGACGACAGAACUCUCCCCCCCCCAAAAAAAACCUCACAUUUUGUAAUUUUAUCUUAUUGAUUAACUUAUUGAUUCAAUGUUUAAUUAUUCGAAUAGCAGUCGAUUGACGAACUUAUUGAUGAAUGUUUAAAAACUUCCAUGACAAUAUGGAUUAUAUAUAUAUAUAUUAUAUAUUUGUAUAAAUAUGCUUGAUUUGUGUGUCUAAUGGACCUGGUAUCUGUGGAAUACACUUUCUAUAUCUAAACAAGACUUCUUGAUUGAAUUAGCUGAGUCUUGGGGACAACGAAUCCAACAAAACUUCGUUCCGUUCCGAGUAUGAUGAAUCAGUAGUAGCAUUCAAGCUUUAACGUACCUAACAACAGCCUUGUUAAUUAAUUCAUUAUAUUAAUCUAAAUAUAUAUUGAAUUGAAUUUUUGUUAUAAUUGAAUUACUAAAGAUAAAUGUGAAA